AUGGAUUUGAGCCACCAUCCUUUAGAUCUGCCUCAAUUUAGCAUCCAUCGAGCCGGAUUGAAUCGUCGAAACUCAGGUUUUUUGGCUACUUUCGGUUUGGAAGAGAAGGGUUACCGCCCAGUGGAUUGGGUUGCUUUUUCAGGAUCCGAUUUCGUCGAUGUGCCUAGUCGGAGCAACUAG